AUGCCCCAACCUCAGAUCCCUCCCUCAAAUCCACGUAAACGCCGUGCUUCCCCUCAGUCCACAGCUGCGACGAACAUGGCGGCUCCAAUGUCCACCACUGCGCCGGGGGACCUCGCGCCAGACCAUGGCGGCGGGGCGCCUGAGGUCACCCCUCGAAAGAAGGGCCGGACAAAUACUCCAUGGACGGCUGAGGAAGAGCAGCGCCUGAAGACGAUGCGCGAUGCUGGUCGCAGCUGGAGUGAAAUUGCCAAGACUUUCCCCACUCGCACUGAGGGAAGCGUAAAGAAGCAUUGGUAUAAGGACAUGCAUUAUGCCGAGUUUGCUGAAGAUGAGUCCAUAGCACUCAGAGACGCGAUCAAGGAAUACGAGUCCAACAAAUGGAAAGUCAUCGGGCAGAAGGUUGGCAAACCGGCAAAGGCAUGCGAACACAUGUCCUCGGAAAACCCUGUCUCCGCCCUAGCCAUGUCUUCCAAGGAAGUUUACACCGUGGAGCAGCCGUCUCCUCACGACCCCGACCAUGAAGAUGGGAACGGUGCCUCUGUGGCGAAUGGCUCGCAUCGACCUUCACGCCUGGCGAGAUAUGCGAAGAAAUUCGAACAGCGCCUGGUUGGAUAUAAUCUGGAAGCUAGAGGAAUAGAGCGAGUGCGGGAGGAUGAACGCAUGAAGAAACUCUCCUGGGUGUCCUACCUGCAGGCGCUCUUGUUGUGGGUAUCGAUCAAUCUGGCGGCCAACAAUAUAACCCUUGGAAUGCUGGGGCCUGUGGUCUACGGCCUUAGCUUCUUGGACUCGGCUCUUUGCGGAGUUUUUGGUGCUUUUGUCGGAGCCUUGGUCGCUUCUUGGAUGGCUACAUGGGGCCCGAUAUCUGGAAUCCGGACCAUGGUAUUUGGUCGGUAUGCAAUGGGCUGGUGGCCGAGUAAAGUGGUCGUUAUCCUGAACCUGAUUCAGAUGAUCGGGUACAGCCUGAUCGACUGUGUCGUUGGUGGGCAAAUUCUAUCUGCCGUGUCUCCGAAUGGAAGCAUGUCGGUCGCCGUCGGAAUUGUUAUCAUUGCUGUGAUAAGUUGGGCAAUCGCCACAUUUGGCAUUGAAAUAUUCCAUGUUUACGAACGAUUUGCCUUACUUCCUCAGCUCAUCGUUGUUUGCGUAUUAUUCGGCGUGUCCUCGGUGAAAUUCGACCUGUCCACUGCGUCUCAGGGAGACACUCGCACACUCGCUGGAAAUAGACUGUCGUUCUUUUCAAUCUGUCUGAGCGCCGCUAUCACCUAUGCACCACUGGCCGCCGAUUUCUUCGUCUACUAUCCCGAAAAAACAUCCCGAGUUACCCUUUUCUCGCUUUCGCUUCUCGGCCUCCUGGCCUCAUUUACCAUGGCUUUCCUGUGUGGAAUUGGACUCGCAUCCGGCAUUCCCUCCCAUCCGGAGUACGAAGCAGCCUACAACAACGGAGCCGGAGCGCUCAUAGUUGAAGGUUUCGGGCCGCUCCACGGGUUCGGCAAGUUCUGCUCGGUCAUCGUCGCUUUGGGACUCAUCGCCAACACCAUUGCCCCGACUUAUUCGUCCAGCGUUGACUUCCAAAUCCUCGGCCGAUACGCUGAGAAAGUCCCGCGCGCCAUCUGGAACACUGUCGGCGUCGUGAUCUACACCGUCUGCGCGCUUGCCGGCCGCGGAUACCUCUCUGAGAUCUUCACCAACUUCCUCGCCCUCAUGGGCUACUGGGUCGCCAUCUGGAUCGCUAUCAUCCUGGAAGAGCGCUUCAUCUUCCGCCUCCGCACUGGAUACAACUGGCACGUGUGGUGUGAUCCAUCCAAGCUCCCAGUGGGUAUUGCCGCGUUCAUCGCGUUCUUGAUUGGAUGGGCCGGCGCGAUCCUCUGUAUGGCGCAGGUCUGGUAUAUAGGCCCUAUUGCUCGCUUGGUGGGUGAUUAUGGCGCGGACAUGGGAGUCUACGUCGGAUUCACCUGGACAGCUCUCGUCUACCCACCUUUGCGGUACUUUGAACUUCGUCGGUUCAAACGGUAA